CACAGAAAUACCAGAAAACGUAACGAACUAAUAAUAAUAUCUCAAAAACGCCACACAGAAAGCAGAUUCAAAGAUGCAUAAAAUAGAGGAAUGUGAGUAUACCUGCCCCAGUUUCAACAGCUAUUGUUCAGAUAAAUUACCAGAAAUCGCAGUUAAAAUCUCCGAAGAAGUUUGUAAUCGUGUAUGUAAUAGUUGUGAUGAAGAAGAUGAUGAGCGCGGUAGUGGAGACGAGUUUGAAUUUUCUGCCGCGGAAGAGUUCUUCAACGGUCCCGCGUUUCCCGUUUUCAACCGCCGCGAUUUUCCGAUAAACGGUGAGCUUCUUCCCGAUCAUGGCCAUCCGUACGAAGAUGCCGAUGAAUCGAUUUGCAUCGCGUUGAACGAGUGGUCCAUAGACGACGAUAAGAAAUAUCAUCGCGAGUCGCAGUCGUCGUCGUCAUCGGAAGCCUGCGAUGAGCUGGAGGGACCAAAAUUAAAGGAAACGACGACGUCGCAGGGCAGUGGCUAUAAGAAGAUCAGUUCCACGGGAUCUAUAAUGUCGUUUAGGCGAUGGAAAAUCCGAAAUCUGUUGCGCCGGAGUAACAGUGAAAGGAAAGACGGUUUUGUACUUUUCAGUUCAAAAAUUGGAGGGAAGUCUGAGGGAAAGGAACCAGGAAAAGCCUUAUCCAAAGUCACCGGAAAUACGAAGGCCAAAAGAAAAGUUGCAGGCGGAGGUAAGGCGAUGCCGCCGUCGUGGAUGGCCGCUCACGAGUUGUAUUACAUGCGGGCCAAUGACAGAGCGAAAAGGAGAUCGUAUUUGCCGUUUAAGCGAGAACUGGUAGGCUUCUUCGCCAGCGUCAACCGCUUGGGUAGGAUCUGAGGAGUCUCUUAUUGCUUCUACUCUAAAAACGGGUUUUUAAAAUAUUUUAAGAGAAAUAUGUUUAAUACUAAAAGUUGUACAUUUAAAAAAAGCAAAAUAUACAGUAAUAUUGGGGUACACUGUCAUGUUUUAUUCCUUAAAUGAGAGUUAUUACUCUCAUUUUUUAUGUUUGACUGCAUCAGAUUUUAAACAUGUCAGUAUUUUUCAAAUUUGAAAAUAAAUUACUAUUUAAACAUGUCAGUAUAUUGGUAACAAUCUCAUUUUGAAAUUUCUCUUCUAUACAUAUUGAGUAAAGUGAUUAGUUUGAAUGAAAGAAAAAUCUUUAUGAAAGAUCCAAAGCCAAAUGCCCAUUGCCCACAACAUUAUGAGUUGGACUUGGGGUACACACUUUUGGUGUACACACUUUUU